AUGGCUUCAACAAAGCCCAUGACCACGCCACCGCCGGCGGCGGCCCGCAACCGGGACUUCGUUUCCGACUGGUCUUCGCGGUAUCGUGGGGCGACGGUCGAGGAUCUUGACCCCCCCGCCGCGCUCUCCCUCAACCCCUCCGACGCCAUCGCCCUCGCCCUCCUCUCCGCCUUUGAGCGCGAGUAUACACACCUCACCAUUGUCAAAUCCGACACCCGCUCCCUCCUCGGCUACAUCUCCAUCCCCCACCUGCAGUCACUCCUCGAAGCCGGGAAGGUGAAGCCGGACGACCCGCUGAGCUCGGCCAUGACGCGCUUUGAGCGCAAGCGUCGAACCUACCGGGUCAUCACCAUGGAGACGUCCCUCGAGGAGCUCGAGGAGUUCUUCCGCGGCGGCGUCUCCGGCGGCAGCUGGAAGCAAGAGUUUGCCGUCAUCACGGACGCGGAUAGGGAUUUCGUCCUCGGCGUCGCGACGGUCCAGGACCUCGAAGAGUUCGUCAAGAGGAGACCCGCCUGA